ACAGACAUAUGUUGAAUGUUGUGAUAUGUCAUGCUUUUGUGUGUGCUUUCAGAUCAUAUCUGGACAUGGUGAAGCUGUUUGUGUUCAGUUACUUUUUCUGGCUGGUGUUGUGUCUCAUCUUUAUCACUGGAACUACAAGAAUUAAUAUAUUUUGUCUGGGUUAUCUGGUGGCCUGUUUCUAUUUCAUGCUGUUUGGAGGGACAUUACUGCUGCAGCCAGUCCAAUAUGUGCUCAGACUAUGGGACUGUCUCAUAGCUUACACCUGUGUGGUCAUCAGCCUCAAGAACAUGCUCUCACUUGGCUCUUGUGUUUAUCUGGAGAGUCUACAGAAGCAUGGCUGUUGGCUCAUUCAAGCUUUUAGCAUGUUCUGCACCAUCAAGGGCUACAAUGUACCCAAGCCUGACAAUCAGUGUGAAUUGCCAGAGGGUGAAGCUGGUAUAAUCUGGGAUGCAAUCUGUUUCACUGUCCUGUUGGCUCAGAGGAGAGUCUUCCUCAGCUACUACUUCCUCUAUGUUGUUUCUGACCUUCAGACUUCUAAGGUCCUUGCUUCAAGAGGUGCAGAGUUGUUUGAAGCCAAAGUGAAGAAACAGGUGGCAGCAAGACUAGAAAUGGAGAAAAAAUCUGUUGAGAUACUGAAGAAACAAAUGGAGAAAAUCAAGUCAAAACAGAAGAAUGCUUCUUAUCUACAGGUUACAUCAGCUACUGCUCAUACUGAAUCUUCAUAUUGCCCAAAGCUAAAUGAAGGGGACUGUGGCUAUAAUCUGUUUGAAACUGACAGUUCGGAGGAGGAAGAGGAGGUAAAGGACAAAACCGAUGACAACAAUUUUCCUAAGAAGAAAACUGCUUUUCAGUUGGCCUAUGAGGCUUGGGUGGCAGGCUACAAGGCAGCCCUGAGAGACCAUGAACGUCAAGACCAAGAAGAGGUCAAAGUCAAAAGACAGUUGCACAGACAAGAGGGCAUGGAAAAAGAGGAGCCUGGUGAAGAGCAGCAGGAGGAGUUCAGUCAAAAUGAAGAGGAAGUAAAAGGGCACAUACUUAAGCGAACACUUGACACUGUGAAAUUUUUCUGGGUUUUUCUUCUCUGUCUUACCGAAGAUGUAAUAUCUGGUCUAAAGUCACUCUGUAAAGACAGCUUGGAUAUUUCUAAAGUUCUUCACUUUGAGAAAACUCUACUGAUCAUACAACAGAACAAGGGCAGGGAUGUCUCUCAAGACAGUAUUCAUAAGUUCUACAAAAACUGGCUCUCCAGACAAAAUACAGAGGCAUCAAUGGACACAGCCAAAGAAGAUAUACAAGAAAUAAUCACCUCACAUCCAGCCAUGACCAGCCACCAACGUGGCUAUGUCAAACUCAACAGUGUCCAAUCAUGGGGCAGCAGCCUUUCCAGCUGCCAGACUGAUGACACUCUUCUAAUAACACGCCAGUCAACUCAAGAAGACUUGGAUGCCUUGGACCUUGCUGAAGUUGGUGUGGCCCAGUGCUGCCAAAGUAGAGAUGUCAUGCCAGAAGAUUCCGAUGAAAAUAAAGAGCUGAAAGAUCAUGGUGAUAAAUUUGAAAAGGUGAAAGAGGGAUGCACCAAUGAAGAAAAUACACCAAACUUUGUGCUGCCAGAAUUUCCAGGAAUGAAUACUCUGCACAACACAAAAAAUGAGGAGUUUCAAGAGCCCAGAAUGCUCAGUAAAGAGACCAGAGCACUAACUGCCAGUGAAUUGCUGCUUAACAAAAUAUGUGAUAUUCCGGAGAUUGAGGAGUCUGAGAGAUUCUACUCUUCAUUACCUUGUGGUGUGCGUCUCAUCUUUGCUCUCUACAAUUUAAUGGAGUCUCAAUCAGAGAUGUUUUGUUACUUUGUGAUUAUCUUAAAUCACAUGGUAUCUGCCUCUCUACUAACACUCUUCCUGCCAAUCCUCAUCUUCCUUUGGGCUAUGCUGUCAGUGCCACGGCCAACAAAGCGCUUCUGGAUGACAGCAAUUAUCUACACACAGCUGACAGUUGUGGUAAAGUACUUUUCUCAGUUUGGCUUCUUUCCAUGGACAACAUCAGCAUAUCGUGGCAUUAAUGCGGACCGUGCAUUUGCAGUUCCCAACAUAGUUGGAAUUGAGAAGAAAGAUGGAUAUGUACUGCUAGAUCUCAUCCAGUUAAUUGCUUUGUUCUUCCAUCGCUCCAUUCUUAAGUGUCAUGGUUUGUGGGAUAACAAGGAAGUGGAGAUGCCAGACUUUUUUAAGAAACUGAAGAGAAAAACAGAGAAAAGCAAGAUGGCUGGAGGAUCAAGAGCACGAGAAGAAAACACAAGUAGAAAAACAUCCUUCUUUCCUUCAUACACUUCUUUUCUUCAGAGACAAAGAACAGAGGACCCUGAGAGACAGGCAGAUUCAAACCAAAGCAGGAAAAAACAUUCACAGAAGAAGCAACAGUGGAAUGUGCCACUAAGCAGGAAGGAUCGAAUAAAACAGUACACGAAUGGCCGAAUGCUGGAAGCCAAAGCUGCUGUCAUAGAGCUUGCUCUACACAUAUACUUACCCAUAAGGCAAUUCUUCUAUGACAUCAUCCACCCUGAGUACAGCCCUGUGUGCGAUGUGUAUGCGCUGAUGUUCCUGAUAGAUGUGGUGAACUUCAUCAUUAUUAUAUUUGGAUACUGGGCCUUUGGAAAGCACAGCGCAGCUGCUGAUAUAACAGAGUCACUGUCAGAAGACCAGGUUCCUGAAGCUUUCCUCGUCAUGCUCCUCAUCCAGUUCAGUACUAUGAUUGUGGACCGAGCACUAUAUCUCCGUAAAACUCUUCUUGGGAAGUGUGUUUUCCAGGUAGUGCUUGUGUUUGGGAUCCACUUCUGGAUGUUCUUCAUACUGCCUGGUGUCACAGAGAGGAGAUUCAACAGGAAUCGAGUUGCUCAACUUUGGUACUUUGUAAAGUGCAUUUAUUUUGGACUCUCAGCUUACCAGAUCAAAUGUGGCUACCCAAACCGUGUUCUUGGAAAUUUCCUUACCAAGAACCACAACUACUUCAACCUCUUUCUCUUUCAGGGGUUCAGGUUAGUUCCAUUCCUGACUGAGUUAAGGGCAGUGAUGGACUGGGUGUGGACAGACACAACUCUAAGCCUUUCCAGCUGGAUCUGUGUGGAGGACAUCUAUGCCAACAUAUUUAUUCUCAAAUGCUGGAGAGAAGCAGAACAGAAAUACCCUCACCGACGUGGACAGAGGAAGAAGAAGGUGGUAAAAUACACAAUGGGCGGCUUCAUUAUUUUUGCUCUCAUCUGCAUCGUCUGGUUCCCUCUUCUCUUUAUGUCUUUGGUUAAAUCUGUAGCAGGAGUAACCAAUCAACCUCUAGAUGUGUCCAUCCAGCUGAGCAUACUUGGAUAUGAGCCAUUGUUUAGCAUGAGUGCUCAAGAACACAAUCUGAUCCCAUACUCUCAGUCAGCCUUCCAGAAGAUGAGUAAUCGCUUUGCCACGUACCCGUCAGCGAUGCAGUUUCUUGUCAACUACAUGGCAGAGGACAUAGUAACUGCAAAGAUCAAAAGUGACGCCAGUCGACUGUGGAACGUCAGUCCGGCCAGCCGAGAUGCCAUGAUCUAUGAACUCAGCAACUCAACACACUUCUACAUCACACUGCGCUGGACUUUACUACGAAAUGCAUCUCUGGUGAUGAAUGCUGAGGCGGCUGGUGAACACACAGUGAAGUAUGAAGAUCGCGGACUGAGAGAGGAGCUGGUGUCUAUGCUCAGAGGGACACGCAGCCGUCCAGUGUAAGUGUUUCGUAAACAUAAAUAUGGAUGCUUUCAACAUCUGUUUUUUUUUUUUUUUUUUACUUCACAUUCCAUCUGUUUUCUGAUGAUUAGGUUAAUGGAAAAUCUGCUGCCAAAAUAUAUCAGAGGUACUUCCGGGCCUAAUGCUAAAGUGGCACAUCGACUUCAAGUGGAACAUCACAAAAGCCUGGAUGAUCUUCAUCUACAGUUCUUCCGUCCUCUGUCCAUCAAACUGCAGCGGGGAAACGGGAGCUCUGCAGAGAUGGGCCCACAGUGGUGGGUGGUGGAAGAGUGUUUUCCUGGCCCUCCAGCCAGCAGAUGCCAGAGUAUUGAGAUGCUGGUGUUCAAUGAUAAAGUCAGCCCAUCCAGUGUGGGCUUCCUGGCUGGUUAUGGCAUUGUGGGUCUGUACAUGUCUGUGGUGCUGGUCAUUGGUAAGUUUGUGCGGGAGUUCUUCACAGGUAUAUCUCGAUCCAUCAUGUAUGAGGAGCUGCCAUGUGUGGACCGUGUACUAAAACUGUGCAAUGAUAUCUUUGUUGUGCGAGAGACUGGAGAGAUGGAGAUGGAGGAGCAACUGUUUGAAAAGCUCAUCUUUCUGUACCGGUCACCUGAAACCAUGAUCAAAAUGACCCGCAAAAAGAAUGAGUAGCUUCAUGACAUUUCUGUCACAAAUUUUAACCUCUGCACAUCUCAGAAAGACAAAAAUGUCUGCUAUAAGGCACCAACCAGAAAGACAUUUUAUACACUGUAAUGGAAUACUAAGGAAUAUUUUGGCAAUAUAUUUACAUCUAUCCAUGAGAGUUUUUUGAAACCCAAAACUUAUAAACUGAAAAGUGCAUCAAAGAAAUAAUUGACAUGAAUUAUGAUGUUGGGAUGAAAUUAUGCUUAAAUGACUUCACUACUGCUAUAUUUAUAUAUUUUCCAGUAAUCAUGAAGUG